AUGGAUUUGAGGUCCACUGGAGUGAAGUUAGGGGUGGAAGCACAAGAGGAAGCUUUACUUGCUAAUUUUCAGGUCAGGCCGAUACUAAUUGAUCGAGUGCUUGAGGCUCAAAUGAAUGAUGAGGGAAUUCAAGAGUUAAUUCGGGCAAGAAAUGAAGGGAAAAAGAAAGAUCUCAGAAUUCGGGAGACUGAUGACAUGCUUAUACAGGAGAACAUAAUGUAUGUGUUGAAUAAUGUGGAAUUAAAGAAAGAAAUUUUGAAUGAAGUGCAUAUCUCGGCAUAUGCGAUGCAUCCUGGAGAGAUGGAAAUGGGAAAAUAUUACAAUGGAUUUCUGUAUAAAUUUCCUCGUACACGGAAUGGUUAUGAUGGUGUUUGGGUGAUUGUUGAUCGGUUUACUAAAUCAGCACACUUUAUUCCAGUAAGGGAGAAAUAUUCUUUAAGCCGAUUAGCUGAAUUGUUCAUAUUGAAGAUUGUUAAGUACCAUGGGGUUCCAUUUGGUGAUGAGUGGCAUCAUCGUUUAGAUUUGAUGGAGUUUGCCUACAACAAUAGUUACCAUUCGAGGAUUGGUAUGUUACCUUUUGAGGUACUUUAUGACAAGUCUUGUUGUACGCCAUUAUGUUGGUUAGAAGUUGGUGAAAGAGUUUUGGUGGGCCCCGAGAUUGUAGAUGAGACUACUCAGAAUACUCAGCUAUCGCCAUGGAAAGGUGUGGUACGGUUCGGGAAAAAGGACCCAUCACAUGUGAUACCUCCUCAACCAUUGGAAAUUAAUCCAGACUUGACUUAUGAAGAGGAACCAGUGACGAUUUUGGAUUGGAAGGAUAAGGUUCUGAGGAAUAAAAACGUGCGUUUAGUGAAAGUUUUGUGGAUGAAUCACUCGGUGAAGGAAGCCACUUAG